AUGUCUAUAAUUGUGAUAAUAUUUGGCAUACUUUCUUUUAUUCUUGGCAUCAUCGGUGAAGUUAAGAAGCCUUCGAAGGGAGUCCUGGUACAAGGGAAAAAUGCUAUGAUAUGCAAUUAUCCAAAUGAUCCAACGGUGGUAUUUGGUUAUUCUUCUAUAGGAUUUCUUGUGGCAUCAUCUUUAAUGGGUUUUAUAUCUAUAUUUUACUCAUACAACCGUAUCACUGUUCCUCCUUCAGCAUUAUUCAAAAACACAACUUUAUCUGUCUUCUUGAUCUUAGCUAUGACUUGCAGUAUAUUGGGUGGGGUAAUGACAUUAUGGCCAACAGUGACUGAGCAACAUCAUUGGAGACACAAUUUCUAUUCAGCUAACAUCACUACUACUUCUACAAAGUUAAAUUGUCCUACUGCCAAGACUGGUCUCAUGGGUGGUGGAGCAUUUUUGUGUCUUAUUUCAUCGCUCUUCUGGUUAUCAUCGUUAAUGUUGGUAAAAAAUGCAAGAGAGGAUUAUCUUGAAGAGGUUGUGCCUCCUAAUGUUUAA